GCACUAAAACGGCGAGCGCACGCCACACGCUUUCUCUCUCCCGCCACACUCUCUGUCUUCCUCCACCGUCGCUCGCCAUCUGCAGUUUUCCUUCAUCCCCAUCUUUCUCUUUUAGUCUCUUCUAACUCUUUUUAUUACGUACAAAUCCAAACCCUCAUUUUUCCUUCAAUACCCUUUUCCAUUUCUCUUCCAAAUUUCCCCCCAUCUUUCUCUCAAUCUACAACCCAAUUUGCUCUCCCCAGCAUUUUGAUCUUCAGGGUGUGAGGGCAUGGGUUCCAAGGAUCCUGCUCCGGUGGUUGACAAGGUGAAUGGGGCAACGCCGGCGCCGGUGGACCAGGCUUGUCCUGGCAAAAAGAUUCAGGGAAAAGUUCCUAAGAGAAUCCACAAGGCUGUGAGGGAGAAACAGAAGCGUGAGCAUUUAAAUGAUCUUUUUCUUGAGCUGUCUGACGCUCUUGGACUGAAUCAGCAGAACACUGGAAAGGCCACUAUACUGUGUGAAGCUACUCGACUACUAAAGGAUUUGCUUGGUCAAAUCGAAUCCUUAAGAAGCGAGAAUGUAUCCUUGUUGUCUGAAUCUAACUAUAUGACUGUUGAGAAGAAUGAACUCCGAGAGGAUACUUCUGCCUUGGAAACUCAGAUUGAAAGAUUGCAAAGUGAGCUACAAGAGAGGGUGUUCCAGUCGAAACCUGACCUUAAUGUACCACCUGUAGAAGUGGCAGCCCAUUUUACCGGAAAUUGUCUAGGAUUGCCUGCUCAAGAAUCAGCUUUGCAACAAUCACCUGCUGUAUUUGUCAUGCCCCUCCUCCCUGAUCUCCAAACUUAUCCACCAGCAGAUUCCGCCCACCUCACAUCCAAGACCAACUCAAAUGUAAGCAAACCACAUGCUAGGUAUCCGACCUCGACGGAUUGUUGGCCAUUUCAACUUCUCGGUGAGCAACCAGCAGCAGGCAAAGACGCUCGACAGAAUGAUCACAGUGCCAGCGGAUAUAAUGGCCAUGUUAACAUAUAAUCAGUCUAUGUAAUUGAAAUUAUUUGUAGCGCCAUGUUCUUUUACCUUGUCUCGGGUUAACUGACAAUGCCCCCUAGUGCUAGUUUUGUAUAUUUCAUGAAGGUAAUACAAGUGCGUUUAGACUGCACAGAUCAAAAGGAUUCAACUUAUAAAUAUAAAUAUAAUAGAGCUAUAAACAUAAAGUCUGUCAAGAAUUUUGGUCCUUUAUUUGAGGAUGAGAAUCAAUAUCAAGAAUCUUGCUUUUGUUGCCCG